AUGCCUGGGAAUGAGCCCUCUCCGACUGUCCACCGGCGGUUCAAUCCGAUAGUCAACCCGACCAAUGUAAAACCGAUCAUGGUUGAGGAUCACCCCUCGACGGACUCACUCUUUUUCGCCCGGCCUCUCCUCGGGGCACUCAUUUUCGAAAACACCGCGUCCGAUGCGCGCGACCAUCUCGCCAACGAGCGAACUUUUCUCUCCUGGCUACGCCUCUCCAUAUACCUCGCCGUUGUCUCCUCUGCCAUUACGGUCUCUUUCCAUCUGCGUUCUUCGCCAACGGCAAUCGAGCGCAAGAUCUCGCUGCCGCUCGGCAUCGUUUUUUGGUGCAUGAGUCUGGCUUGUUUGCUCAGCGGAUUCUCCAUCUACGUCACCACCGUGACAAAGUACAGUCGCAGAGCGGCGCUUGUGCAGAGCGGGUGGAAGACGCAGUUGUUUUUCACUGUGGUUGCCACUGUGAUUAUUGGGAGUUGUGUGUUGUUUCUAGCUACUGAUCCAAAGAAAUAG